AUGUACAUCCCUAAGUCAGCCGCGGGUGAAAUUGCCGGCACGCCUAAGUCCCCACCGCCGGGGGCCGGGCUAGCAAGUGCGCGCAACGACCGAGGCACCCCUGUCGAGCUGAGAGUGGACUCUUCACACUCGUCACCUCCUUUCGUCUGCGUGGCGACAUCAAAAUUCUAGAAAUCAAUAACCUCUACGCGCCCGUUGACCCAAAACAACGAGCAAAAUUCUUCGACAAACUGAUCCUCCACAAAACACAGAAAUCCCACCUCCGACUCCUUGGCGGCGAUCUCAACGACUGCCCGCGCCCAGAAGUCGAUCGGCGGAACCAAAGUCGGCGCGGCCACCACUGGCCGAUUCUGAUGGGCAAGCUCGACUCGGCCUACACGGACUGCAUCCGCUACAAGCACCCCAUCACCCCAUCUUUCACUCGACCUAAUCCCAAUCGCAAGCGACCCAACUCCUUCUCCCGGCUUGACUACUUUCUCCUACAAAGAGCUCACCAAAAAAGGCUCGACCAGGCCUCGACGAUCUACGACUAUCCCAAGGAUCUUUCCGAUCACCGACCGGUCUUGAUCGUACUGGCUCUCUCAGACGAUCUUGAUGCGGCUCUCCCACAGCUCAGCCUACCUACCACAUCGAAUCAAUACCACAACCUUCAAGACGGUGGAAUUUCAGCGGAUGUUGGAAGGGGCAAGCGGGGAGGAUCCGGUGCGAGAGCUUGAGGAGGUUCUGGAGGCGUGCAGGGACAGGGGUGGGGAGAUGGCGAGGAGGCUGCAUCGGGAGCGGACGGAACGGAUGGAGUAUUUGGUGGGGAGGGUGCAGGAUCUGGAGGUGUUACCGGUAUGGGGGGAGGCGGAAACGGCAGAAUGGACAAGGACGUCCGAGGAACUCAAGCGGGCGGUCGAGGAGCGCGCGCGCCUACUCCGGAUCCGAGCCCACGUCCCCGAGAUCGCUUCCGAGGAACGACUGUCGCGGCCGGUCCACGCCAAGCUCGCGGCGCGGAACUCGGACUCCAAGAUCACAGCACUGCGCUUGGGCAACGGAGAGCUAACGCAUGACAUUGAUGUCGCUCUUGACCACACGCAGGCGCAUUUCCAGCACCUCUACCACAUCGAGCCUCGUGAUCCGGAACGCGUCGACCGACUUCAGGACGAACUCCUUGUGCCGAUCAGGGCGGCACGGACUUGCGACGACCCGCGCUCAGAUCCGCUCUUUCUGCGCCGACUCUCGGAAGCGCAGAUUGAUCUCCUCCAGCAACCCAUCACCGAGGACGAGGUCGUGGCCGUGAUCGGGACGACGCACCCGGGGAGAUCGCCGGGCCCGUUGGGCGUGCCUUACGAACUCUAUCAGACCGCACCGGAGGCGUGGUCCAAGGUGCUGACCAAGGCCUACAACGCGAUGAUCGAGCGCGGUUCACUCUCUCCCAAGCAGGGCCAGGGACUCGUGCGCCUCAUCUUCAAGCGCCACAAGAAGAAUGCCGAUCGCGCCGAACUCUCGUUGUAUCGCCCCAUCACCCUGCGCAAGUGCAAUUACAAGAUUUUUACCAAGGUCUACGUCGCCCGAUUGAACCAAAUUCUGCCCGAUCUCCUCCCGCCGCAGCAGCACGGCUUCGUCAAGGACCGCCGAUCGGCCGAUCGGCCGACGCUGCACUACACCUUCGUCUCCUGAUCGAGGAACUUGGCGCGCGCAGGACCGAGUUCCCCGCGGCCGCGCUCUUGUCUCUUGACCAAUCAUCCGCCUACGACCUCGUCGAGCAUGACUGGAUCUUUGCCAUCUUCGACACUCUGGGCGCUCCUACCACCUUUCUUCGCAUGCUGAGGAUGCUCUACUCGGGUGACUCGACCUCGGUGCGCUACAUCAUCAAUGGGUUCCUGACGGCGCCGGUGCGACUGACGUGUGGGCUCGGCCAAGGGGACCCUGUUGAACUUCGCUCCAUCUCACUUCUAGGACAAUAUGCGCUCACUGAAGUAGAGGUGCCUCGCCUUUUGGUGCAGUGGUAUAUUGUUCCUUCAUAG